AUGGGUACGCACCUCCUACUGCUGCUGCUAGGCCUCUCCAUGAUGUUGGGCUUCCUGCACGCUCUACAAUGUUUCCAGUGUGAUAGGGUCAAUGCCAAUGGGGUUUGCGAGAGUGGAGAAAGCUUCUGCCAGACUGAAGGCAGCCAGCAGUGCUUUCUGAGGAAGGUCUAUGAAGGUGACAGACUCCUGUAUGGAUACCAGGGCUGUGGGGACCUGUGCCUCUCCAUGUCUUUUUUCAAACAAAAUGCUCGAGUGGAUUUUGUAUGCUGCAGUGACACAUCUUUCUGUAACAGGUUUUAGAGACUUGGCCCUUCCUUGCUCUGUUCAAUUGUUUAUUUAGCCCUUUUCUAUACUCCUGUAGCCUCAAAGGACCAGUUCAUUUUCCCCAGCACUGUCCAAACCCUGAAACCUGCUCCUGCUCAGCUACAGGUGUUGCUGUUUCAACAGUUUAGCCCACCAGAUAGAUGCUUUCUCCUUCCCUCUCUCUUCCUCAGAUUCUGGUCUCCUUCCUCUUCUCUUUCCAUACUUCCAUCUCUCCCUCCCUUCUCCCAUUAUUGUCUGGCACAUCACAGGCUCUCCUUCCCUCCUCCUUCUCUUCCUUCCUUUCUUCAACAAAUAUUUUCUGACGGCUAAGCCCUGUAAUUAGAUGCUGAUUAUAUAACACCGAAUAAGAUACACCUGAUCCCUGCCCUCAAUGUGCCUUCAGUAUAAUGGCUCCCUUUCUGCCAGGCUGACCAGGGUCACGAUGGCUCCAGUAUCUUGCCUCCCUCUUAUUCAUAGAACUUAAGGCUGGAAGGGACUCCUUCACCACCCCCUUCAUUUUACACACACAUGUGCACAUGCACACACACAUGUGCACUCUUCCUCAGUCU